AUGGGGAAGGGCUUAGCGUGGAGCGAGAGCGAGACCAUACAGCUUUGCCUGUCGUGGCUGGAGGUAUCGGAGGACGCAGUGCGUGGUGCAGGACAGAAGAAGAGCACGUUCAGCAGUCGCUUGUAUAGCCAUUGGCUGGAAAACGAGACACCAGAAGACAAGGAUCCACGAACGGAGGUCGCGAUAAUGGGACGAUGGAAGAAAUUGCAGCCAGAAGUAACGAAGUUCUGUGGUGUAUAUGCAAAGGUCACCAGUAGAGAGAGCUCAGGAUGGAAUGACGCUAUGUAUCUGGACGCUGCGUUGAAGGUUUACCAAGAGCGACACAAACAGCCGUUCGAGUUUCUUGCGGCGUGGAAAGAGCUCAAGGACAAGCCCAAGUGGACCAACAAGAUCACAUCGGCCUCAUCUAUUGGGAUCAAGCGAGGUUAA